CAAAUAAUUGGCAGCAGUGGGCGAAUUGGGAUGGAUGAGUCGCUUUGGGGACGAGUUCUGAGAGCGUGACACGGCAUUGGCCGGUGUGAUUUCGGGGAGUUGAUCGGGAAGUUCAGAAAAUCGAAAUUUUCUAUAGCACUCUGAGGUCCUGGUCAUUCAUCUUUGAUGUCAGGUCCUGUUCGAUCGUCACUCUGAAGCGAAGUAUUAAUGGCUGCUUAUCAUCGCCAGGGUAUGCAUACACAUAUGGCACCGACAAAUUUGGCAACACCGGUCCAGUCACUUCCACCAACCUAUUCAUCUUGUACAUCACUUAAUAUACCUCCAUUCGGAAUUCGUAGCACGAAUAUUUCUUCCUCAUCCUCUUUGGAAGAUUUAGCGCUGGAUUCAUUAUUAGGCAGUGAAUAUAGUCGAAAACGUAAAAAUGAGCGUUCAAUAAGCAGUUUGCAUACAUUCUCCGAUAGCGGUACUUCGGUGACUUCCUCAGGUUCUUCAGUGCAAUCAACGUUGAUUAGACCUGCACCUUUAAUAACGGAAAAUGAAUCUAGUUUGUUUCAUUCGCAACUAAUUAUCAGUGAUUUUCGGCAUACCGUGGAACAAGCGCAACAUCUUCAUCCAGCUAAGGGAAGUGGAUCUGAGUUGCAAAACGUGAAUACCAAUACGCUUGAUCGAAGAUUGCCAAUUAAACCUGCUGAAGACGAACAUAUUGUCACUACUCAUAUUCAGAAUUACGGUGGUGUCGUGCAUCAUACGCAAAAGAUACCUAAAAAGAGCAUCAAUGGACAUAGUACAGGACCGUCAUCUUCAGCUCCACAGAAAGAAAGGAAUUAUUCAUAUCAAGCGAAAUCGAAUGCACGCAACAGUACUGCUCCACUCGUUGUAACGGAGGGUAAUUCAGCUGAAAAUGUUGACAUUGAAACACUGGAGGAUCUAAGAUGUGAAUGGCAAGGAUGUAAACGAAAAUUUGCAAGCCAAAAAGUGCUAGUGGACCACGUUUUUACUGCUCAUAUCCAGACAACAAAGGUUUAUACAUGUUUAUGGGAAGGUUGUAAGCGCGAAGAAGCAUUUAAAGCUCAGUAUAUGCUUGUUGUACAUGUUAGACGUCAUACGGGUGAAAAACCUAAUGUUUGUACGUAUCCUGGUUGUGAUAAAUCAUAUAGCCGGUUGGAAAAUUUAAAAACCCACGUGCGAACACAUACCGGAGAACGUCCGUAUCGAUGUGAAUUUCCGGAAUGUGGUAAAGCUUUCAGCAAUGCGUCCGAUCGGGCAAAACAUCAGAAUCGCACACACUCCGAUACGAAACCAUAUCAGUGCAUGAUAAAUGACUGCAUAAAAAGUUACACAGAUCCGUCAUCAUUGAGAAAACAUAUCAAAUCGGUUCACGGUGAUGAAGCGUAUGAAUUAGCAAAAAAGAAUAAAGUUUAUCCGAAGCGACGUAAUGGUAUGGCAUCAGAUACAACGCAAUCUUCAUCGUCGAAAAGUGUUGUUGAUAAGACUAAUGAUGAUAGUGAAGAUGAAAUAUAUCGCAUCAAUUCGCCGACACAGAUGCUGUUGUCUGCUUGUUUGCGUACUGUUGAGAAAAUUAAUGAAAACACACCUGAAGAAAAAAUUCGUACUGGUAAAAAGAAGCGUCCAAAGCGAACACCUCCUUAUCCUGAUGUUUGUGUUAACGCGCAUUACACUUCCGGUGUGGACCCGUCAUCUCCGGAUUCUAAUAGCUUCAGUGGACAAACAGUAACAUCAGUUAAUUCAAAUGCUAGUUCUGGUACAGUGCAGGUUCCACACCCUUCAAAUGUAACGAACAACAAUGGAAACAGUGUAUCGAUGCUUGGGGGUCGUAGAGAUUUUUGUGUUGAUCGCUUCCUCCAGAACAAAGGACAUUUCGAUGAUAGAAGCCUUGAUGGGAAUAUAUCUCAUCACGAAUGCCAGUCUCAUUAUGAUGACUCAUCACCGUCACCACCUUCAGCAAGGAAUGCCGAAAUGGCGAAGUAUCAGAAAGAUGUUGAAGAAUACAUGUAUAAUCCCCAAAGAGCUUCUUCGAUGGUGCGAAAUACGUCACUUAGUUGUAAUGUUGUGGGUGUUACUAUGGGUCAUUCAGUGUUACCAAAUCAGAACCGUUCGGUGGAACAGGUUGCAUAUGCUAUGGAGCGCGUCAACUUACAACCAACGCCAAAUAUUCGUCGUCCACUAAAUCAACAUGUUCAACGGCAAGGAUAUUAUAGUAAUCCGUACGAUGGUGAUUAUGAGGAUUUUGAUCCGAUGGAUCCAUAUCCAACUUCUGUAGGUGACAGCGGUAGUAUGGUUACAGCUAUCACGCCACCAACAGGCCAUCGAAAGUAUUCUCCUGUAACUGUCGUUGAACAAGCGGUACAGACUUACGAUUGGGGAGCAUCAAUGAAAGAGAUCGAUGUGGCUGCACCUGUUCAAGUUCAAACAGCACCAUCGAAAACUAUAGAAACAGAAAAAGGAACAACGAUGACAUGUUUAACACCGAUGAAACUGCCAAUACAGCGACGGGAAGGAGUGCAAGAUGAUCUCUAUACAUAUAGUAGUAAUACGACUGCAACGCCUGCAACCCUUUCAUCUCACCAUCCAAUGAAAAUUAAACCUAAGCAAGAGUGUGGUACUUACAAAAUCGAACAAAUAGAGAAACAAUGUACAGCAACCGGAACACAGCAAUCAAAUUCUGUGACUGAUAGGAAUUAUUGCACGGAAUCGUUACCGACAAACGAUUUCACAUCAGAUCCUGUACUUCCAAACGUUCAUAUGCAACAGAUGCUUGGUGGUACGGUAGAUCCACAAUAUCCAGUAUCCCCAAGUACGUACGAUCAUUCAGCAGUACCUUACGGGAGCCAAUAUACGGACCCGUUAAUGAUGUCUUCCUGCAUGCAAAUCAACACGGAUAAUUCUAGAUACGGAAGAGAUAGUUUCAAUGUAACGGAUCCACAUUCGAGCAGACUACAAAUCGAAAUGCCGGAAAAAGACUCACUGCAAGACCUCGGUAACGAUGAUUUAUUUGGUGAUUUGGCUGGCAUGGAUCCGAUUGUUCUCAGCAAUGUCAAUGAACUGACAUCUUCAUUCGAAAGUAUUGAGUUGAGGAAUUUGGAAACAGAAAGAUUAAACGCGGAUGAACAACCGACUGCAGAGUGAACUAUUCAUUAUAAAAUAUAGGAUGCGAUGGUAAGUGCCGGUGUACAUUGUAUUAUCUGCUUUUUCUCCUGC